UUAAAAUUUUGUUUCCAAGAGUCCAAACAAGAUAUACUAAAGUGAAAGUCGUGUGUAUUUUAAAGAUAACUUUAGGCAAUGUUUUCUUUAUAUACAAAUUGUAUAUGAAAAUACACAGUAUAAAAUAGUAAUUCCAAAACGAAAUUACAGAUUUGAUCUCGAUUGAAAGUAAAGUGAAAGUGAAAGUUGCAUUUAUGGAAGUUCCAUUUGCAUGUUUAAAAUUUUGAAAAAUCACGACGUGGCGUACUAGAUAUUUUCAGAGGUUAGCAUUUCCUUUUUUCAUGGAUCAACCAGGUGGACAAAGAGCUUAUGAGCACCAAGAGGCUGGUUCUUGGAGAGGACGCGGGGACAGAAAUCAAAGAGGUGGUUAUAGAGGUAGAGGAUAUGAUGGAGGUGGUGGUACAGGUAGAGGAUAUGAUAGAGGUGGUAAUAGACAAUACAACAGAGGUAAUGAUAGACAAAGUAAUCAAUGGAAUAAAAGAGACAAUUACAGACAGGACAACAGACAGUAUAAUCAGGAAGAAAAACCACAAAGAAGUGGAUUUGGUAAACCCUCUUACCACCAGGGACCAAAUGUACAACAACAGGAGGAUAUGACACAAGGUCAAAACAAUUUCAAUGAUAGGGCAAGACCUAAAGACAAGAAUCAUGAUGAUCAUAUGAGAGAUCCUAGCCCAGACAGACAAGACAGAUCGAGGCCAAAAGACAAAAAUGAUGAGGAUCAUACCAGGGAUCCAAGUCCAGAUAGAAGCCUACCUGAACAUUGCGUAAAGGAGAAUCCUAGUUCAUCUACUGAUGCUACAACCCAAAACCAGUCACAGCAAGUCCAAAAUACAGUGGCAUCAGAUUCCCAAGGAAUGAACAUAAACCAGCAAGGUUUUGAUAAUCGAAAUAUGGAAAUGGAUGCACAACAAGGCCAAGGACAAGUUUUCUACAAUAAAAACCAACGUGGACAAGAUUACAGACAUCAACAUAACAAUGGAGGUAGAGGGCAACAACAACAGGGCUAUUAUGAAAAAUGGGACAACUCUCAGGGUCAAGGAAGAGAUCACCAGCAUCAGAGAUAUAACAGAAAUCAAGAUGGCUUUCAAAAUCAAGAGAGAGGUCAACAGCAUCGGAGGUAUGAUGAUAGAAGAGAUGGUUAUGGUAGAGGUCAACGAUAUCAAGGUCAUUCUGAUUACAAUGAUAGUUACCAGCAAGGUCAAGGAUAUAAUAGAGGUGGAUAUCAGCAAAAUGAUGACAGGAGACAGCAAAGAUCAAGGGGAGAAAAAUCAGACUUCCAGCUAUCAAAAUCACUAUCAUACAUACUGAGACAUGGUGCAGAAAGACAAGGAUAUAAAAUGAUGCCAGGUGGCUUUCUUUAUGUGGAAGAUAUUCUGAAAAAGCAAAACAAUCUACGUGACUAUGACCUUGAAGAUGUACAAAGAAUUGUAGAAACAAACGACAAGCAGAGAUUUCAUAUGGAACCAGAUAAAGAAACAGGAAAAAUGAAAAUCAGAGCGAACCAAGGUCAUACUAUUGAAGUAGAGGAUCUUGAAUUAAAACCAUUAUUAUCUGCAAAUGAAGUUUCUAUGGUUAUCCAUGGAACUUACUAUACUUCUUGGGAGAAAAUCAAACACACAGGAUUAAGUAGAAUGGGGAGAAACCAUAUCCACUUUGCUGCAGGAGAACCAGGAGAAAAUGGAGUCAUUAGUGGUAUGAGACAAUCAUGUGAAGUAAUGAUAUUUAUUAACCUACAGCAGGCUUUGGAAGAUGGAUUCAAGUUUUUCCGGUCAGCCAACAAUGUAAUACUUUGUGCUGGAAAUGAAGAUGGAGUUAUCCCCCCUAAAUACUUUGUAGAUGCAGUUCAGAGAUAUCCAAGACAGAGAUUAGAGUUUGAUAAGACUGUACAAGUAGUAAAAGUACCUAUUGGUGGUGCAAGUUUGGUACAGGAUGGAAAAGGAAAGAAGAAGAAAAACAAGAAAAGCAAAGGAGAUAGGGAGAAAGAAGAUGGAACAGAAACACAGAAAAAGAAAGAUAAGACAGAAAUAGACGAGACUGCUGUGGAAGAUACUGCACAAAUGUUUAAUGAAAAGAUGGAAGUGGAUGCACCAACUGGAUCUAAGGUUCUGAAUGUUGAUAUGUCAACGAAGUCUGAGGCUCUGAAUGUGAAUGCAGCAAUUGGAUCUGGGGCUCUGGGUAAACUCAAAGAUGAUUAUCCAAACACUCCUCCUGAUAACUGGGAUGAGGAUAAGUUUGUUGAUGCUGUACAGGAUCAGGAACCGGAGGAGGAAUAUGUGGAUGCUCAGGGAUCUGGUCCUGAUGUUAUUGUGGAAUCUAAUGAAGAAAUAAUCACAAUAGAUGAACCUGAAAAUAGUGUCAGUGCUGUAGACUAUCUGAUGGAGAAAGACAUGGUGGCUGUUCAUGUUGAAACAUCGGAUGAUGGCUUACAGAGAAUUAGUUGUGUAACUGAAGAUAAAUCUUAUAUCUUUGAAGUAGAAAACAAUCCUUACUUAAUGACAUCUGGCAAAGUGGCAGAAUUUUUCAAUUGGAUCCCUGAACCAAAAGGACCAUUCAAAGUGUUUCAUGGACUAGAUUCCAAGACUUGUGCUGUUUUUUUUGACAAAUAUGACAUCAUACUGGAUGGAACUAAAAUAUAUGAUCUCAAGAUUGCCUAUGAUAUGAUGAAGGAAGGAAGUUUUGGUGAUAUGGAUAAAUUGAAGAAGACUGGAUUCAGUCCUGACUGUAUCCCUGUAGAAAAAGAUAAUGUUACUGCUGUGUGUUUGCCCUACCUAAAGGCUUAUAAGUAUUUCUCAAAGGAAGUGAAUAGGGAAUUGAAAGAUUACAAGAAAUACCUGUUUAAAAUGGUCAAUGCUAAAAUUGAAAAAGAUGAUAUGAAAAAGCUAAAAGAAAGAAAGAAGAAGGAGUCAAAAGCUGCUAAUAAAUCACAGAGCUCUAACCAAGGACAAACAAAUAAGUCACAGAGCAAUAACCAAGGGCAAACACCUAAGUCAAAGAAACAAAAAAAAAAAUAAAUGAUGAUUACCAGAAAAUCUAGGCAAACAAACUGAGAAAAAUUAAUUAUUUACUGUGAAUUUAAAAAUUACUGUGUACAUAUAUUAUUGUUUUUUUUUGUUAACGGACAAACAUGUCAAAUUAGUGCCAAUUUUUAAAAUGUAUUACACACAAAUAUAGAAUUCUAAUUAAUGCAAUGCUAGUCGCAUAGCUUUUCUUGCAGUAAUAAAACAUCAUAAAAUUUAUGAAUUUAUAAUAUUUGUUGCUGUUUUCUUGAAGAGUAUUAAAAAGGUUGAUUUUUUUUUAAAUACAGUGCUGUAACCUAAGUGCUUUUACAUAAAAAAAAGUACCCGGUAUUUAGAAACUGCUUUAUCCAUAGUGUUUACAUGAAAAUCACAAGGCUUGCAUGAAAAUAAAGUGCUGUGAAUAUAGUGCUUACAUGAAAAACAGAUCCAUACUACUUCUAACUGGAAGUUUACGAAAUUGAUCUCUUGUCAUUAAGAGCAUAUUUAUAAUAGUUACGGGGAGAUAAUCCAGACAUUUUGCUUUAUUUUAUACCAUUAGUAUAAAUAUGUUAGGAAAUACUUAAAUUUCAAUUGUUUUUAGAUUAGAAGUAUGCUGUUUGUAGAUAUUAAAACUUAUAUGCAAUACUUACACAUUAUGGAUUCAUAUCUAAAGUAGUAUUUUUUCCUUUUAUUCAUUGAUGUUUUCCCUUAAAAGAGGCUUAUGUCUAAAAUGUAUUAAAAAUUUUAUCAACUUUGCCGAAAUAAGAUAAGGCUAUUUAGUUCCAUAAAACAAUGCUAUUUUAGUUUUUAAAUGUUUCCGUUAAAUAUAUUUCAAUGCCAUUAAAUGAUUAUAAAUUGAGAUCUUUGAAAUCCUACCAUGGAAUCAUCACAUAUUAAAAAAAAAAAAAAAUACAUCAGUGGCGGAUCCAGAGGGGGGGUUCUGGGGGUUGGAACGAUCAAUGCAUUUGAAUGGGGACAUAUAGUUGGAACCCCCCCUUUAUCCUGGGUUGGGAACCCCCCCUUUUAAAAAUGGCUGGAUCCGCCCCUGUACAUGUAGCCUGUAUAUAGUCAUUUUUGUGAUAUCAUAGAAUGCAUAUCUUUCCUAGUCUCAGUUUUCUUGAAAGCAAUGUUCAAGAUCCAUGUUCAUUAUAAAAAUAUUUCAGUAUCACAUUUAUAACAACUACUACUAGUAAUUUCUGUGGUGUUAUACUGUUUGAUAGACUUUGAAGAAGGAGUAAAAAGAUAUGUUUGCUGGAUGUAAUACAAAAGUUAAAUGCUGAGAAAAAAAAUUGAUGGAAAACUGCAAUGCUUAGGAACUUGAGUGGUAAUUCUUCAACUUGUUACUCAUUUUUAUAGAAAAAUAUACAUUUGGCAGCUCUUAUGUAUUACAUAGCCAGCAAUUGAGUGAAGAAGGCAUAUACGUUUUAUAAUUCGUUUAUAAUUGCAUUAGUUUAGUACAAAGCAUAGAAAUAUUGUUAUUAUGUAAAAUGCAGUCAUGCUGAUAGAUUGAUUUAAGUUUCCUUUGAGUAUCUUUGUAUGUUUGUGAGAGUUAUCAUGAAUUUUAAAUGUUGAUUUCUUGCACAUAUUAAAAUCACAGAUAAUAGUAAAGUUACUGACCUUGGAUAUGUAAAUUAUGCAUGUUUUAAUGAACCAUAAAAUCACAAAAAGUUUAAAAAUACAGAUAAUAGUAAAGUUACUGACCUUGGAUAUGUAAAUUAUGCAUGUUUUAAUGAACCAUAAAAUCACAAAAAGUUUAAAAUUACAGAUAAUAGUAAAGUUCACAAUAAUUUCAUUCCAAGAUAAUUAUAAUCCUUUGACAUUAAAUUAGUGAGUUGAAUUGUUUAUAGUUUGAAAAGGUUGUAUUAAAACCCAAAUCAUGUAAGUGUUUACCAGUUUUCUGGCUAAUUAGGAAAAUUCUAUUUCAAUUUCAAAUCAACUGAUUAAAAAAUUUCAGAUGUAAUUGCUAUGAAAAAUAUGAGGGUCAGUCACCCGAUGCUAAAAGUUUCACCAGAACAAAUGCUUAAAUGACUUUAGGUAAGAUAAAAGUAUGUGUCCAUAGGACACCAUGCCCCACUCCAUGUUGAUGAAACUCUUAAAUCUGGAUCGAAACCGUCAUGGGCAGAUAUUUUUAAAGUUUACAUUAUAAUAAAUGUUUAUGAUUUGGCCAAAACUUUGUGAUUAACAACGAUAAACCAAAACUUAACAUAUUACGGGACAGACAGAAAGACUGAUACACAGACCAGAAAACAUAAUGCUCUCCUGCUAUCUUAGGCUGAGCAUAAAAACAAUCAUAUCAAACUGACAAUUCCAAGAGAUAUAGGUGACACUUUUAUGAGUUUGGAUAAUUUAUUAUUUGUUAUAGUACAUGUAUUAUGCUUCAAAUGUGAUUUCAUUGUUGGUGUUGUGUUAUAUUCAUCAACAUUUUUGUAUAAUUCUUGCUCAUUUUUUGCUUCUCGUUGGAAAUAGUUAAGUUUAAAAAAAAAAAAAAAAAAACAGUUUGUCAUUACUAUUUUCAUAGUGGGAACUAAUCAGACACUCUAGUAUAAUCUAAGACAUAAGACUUUUUGUAGCUGAGAUAUAGGGAAAAUAUGAAAUAAAACCAUUGCAGCGAGGCAUGCUUCUAGAAAUUUGCAAAAAAAUAUUAUUCCGUACAAAAUAUUCCAAGUAAAAAUUUAUUAGUAAUUUUUUUUACCUUCUUUACUGAAUGAAAUCACUUCAUUUGUUUUUAUAUCAUUAGUGUUUUAGUGCAAUGGUAGCAAUAUAACAUUUGAAAUUCAUAGUAUUCUAAUAUUUUGUUGUAGAAUAGGCAACUAACACUGUUCAAAUUUGAAGGAAUGCCAGUCCUCAUGCCUCGAUUUAAUUUCAUGAAUAUCAAUUCAGAAAAAAAACCUUUUUCCAUUGAAUUCAAUUUGUGACCAUCAGUUAAGGGAUUGAUGAUUGUAAAUAUACAAAAUUUCCUUUUGAUUGAGUUCUAUUUGUGACCACCAAACUAGAGAUUGAUGCUUGUAAAUAAACAAACACAUUACAUCCUUGUCAUAAAAAGAUAUAAUUAUUUAAACUUAUGUGCAGAAGGAGAUAUUAAAAUUGUUCAGAUAAUGUUAUAAAUGUGUCUUGGGCUGCAUCCAUGCUGAAACUUAAACAAAUUUCUAAACAUUAAGUAAAAAUUAUCAACUUGUAAAUUUUGAAAACUCUUGAAGCUGUUAAAUCAAUUUUAAAUGUAGAAUUGAGCACAUUUCAAACAUUUUUUUUAAAUUUUUGUCUCACCUGUGUGGAAGCAACCUCAGGAGUGCUGUUUUUGGUGUUGAAGGUGCAAACAAACGAUAAAGUUUGUGAAAAAGGGUACUUAGACCAAACAUAAAAAAUCUGUAUUAAUAGUUUGUAAUUACAAAGAUGUAAACAUUCAAACUUGAGAACACAAAACAUGUUACACAUGGGCAGUGUGAAUGCAGCCUUAGCUUAAAUUUAUUAAUGUUUGGCAUUUUAAAUGAUUGUUAUAUUUAAAAUAGAAUUACAUUUGUAGUUUUGUGAUUAGAUGUGUUUUAAACAUGUCUAAAUCAUUGUUAAUUAUAAGAGAGUUUUCUACUUUCUACUUUCUACUUUUGAUGAUUAGUUGUUUAUUAAAACAUGUAUUUAAUGAGGUUUUAUAGCUUAAUAAAAAUUUCCUACAAAAGUA